AUGAAGGCUACCACCAUCUUUGCCGCCACUCUGGCAUCGCUUUCAUGGAUUGUACAAGGAUGCGCCAACUACAAGUUCUGUCAUUGCUACGACGAUAACGGCAUGCCCAACGACUUGGCCACCAACAUUAUAUGCCCCGGCAACCUGGAGUCGAGGACGGAGUUUGGCGUCACAUUCAAGGAGUGCCACUACUACAAGAACUAUUUCUUCCUCUAUAGUGCGUUGGAAAAUUGCGAUAUCAGGCGGCGGUGCAAGGCUGCCGGCGCGACGGGGGCGGACUCGAGCUGUAGAGACAAGGUGGAAUAG